UUUUCGAGAUACGGAGCCCAGGACUUAUAACUAAUUCAAAUUUGUUGCCCUAUCAGCAUUAGGUAGGAAGCACAGACUAAGUCUAAGGUCAAUGGGAAGAAACUCUGAAGAUUGAUGUAGCAGGCAUAAUAUUCGACUACCUGUUCCUUAACUUGAAGACAAAUCCUUACUUAACGAUGAAAUUAGCAGAUUACCAGUAUAUAGUAAAAAAUAUUCACCACUCGUGGAAUAGAAAUUGCCUCCAGGACUUGGCAAAGAAAUUUCCAGAAUAUUCAGUGGAGACCCUAGGAAGUAUUUAUUCGCAGGAAUAUCAGAAAAAGAUGAAAAAGACCCAUUUUAAGCAUUAUACCCAGCAUAUUACAGAAGAGUAUUAUGACAGGUACCAGAUAGCCAUAGGACAGGGUCAGGAACAAGUGUUAGUGAAAAUGUCAGAGGAGGUGGACCUUUCACCUAUUCUUCUGGCUAGAAUUGUCCUGGAAAGACAUUUAGCUCACACAGUGUAUGAUGGAGAAAAUGUGCCAAAAAGUGUACUUAGUCAACAGUUGAAAGAUCCCAGUUUAAUAGAAGAUGCCGUGCUGGCCAAUGAAGUCAGUCUGUGUCUUCUCAUGGAUGAUAAUUAUGGUCAUUAUGUGGACACUAUAAAACA